UUUUAUAUGAUGUGUUUACGUAAUUACAUCGAAUAUAUUAAAAUGAGAUGUAUAUUUUUGAAUAAUGACUAUAGAUAUAUCUAUUAUAAUUCCUGUCCAUAAUGGAGAAAAAUGGAUAAAUAGCUGCAUGAAGUCAAUCGCUAAUCAAACUAUAUUUUGGACUUUGACAAAAGUAGAAAUCGUUGUGUUUAACGAUGGAAGUAAUGAUAAUACGGAAGAACUUCUCCAGAGAUGGGUUCAAUACUUCAAGGGACGUGAAAUAAAUUUUCUUAUAACAGGGUCUAAAGACCCUAAAGGUGUUGGCGCAGCUAAAAAUGGUGCUGUAAGGUUAAGUUCUGGCUUAUAUUUAUGUUUUCAAGAUAUUGAUGACUCAAUGCAUCCUGACAGAAUACUUUUACAGUGGAAUUAUGCGAGGUUUCAUAAUAAUACUCUAAUAGGUAGUAAGGUGACUAGAACACCAAUAAACUCAACACCAAGGUUUGUUCAUUGGGCUAAUAGUUUAGAUCCUUUACAAUUGAAGCAACAAAUAUAUCUGUCAUAUGGCCCUACAAUUCUUAUGCCUACAUGGUUUUGUCAUAGAUCUGUAUAUGAUAAUGUUGGAGGUUUUGUUGAGACGGGCCACGGGACACCAGAGGAUCUUAUAUUUUUUUAUGCUCAUAUUGACAAAGGUGGAGAAUUACAUAGAGUAGACAAAGAGUUGGUCAAUUAUACUUAUCAUAAAUGGUCAACAACAUUUUCAAUAUCAAGAAAAGCAAUACAACUGAUUCAGGUAUAUAGACUUGAAAAGAUUGUUUUAUCACAAUGGAAACAGUUUACUGUGUGGAAUGCAGGCAAAAGUGGAAGAAAAUUUGUAAGAUCACUUACUCCAAACAGCCAAAAAAAAGUUGUUGGUUUUUGUGAUGUGGAUAAAAAGAAAAUAGGUUCUGUCAUUGAAUUGUAUUGUCCGAAACAAAGAAAAGUAAUGAUUAAACUGCCUGUUGUGCAUUUUACUGAAGCAAAACUUCCAAUUAUAAUUUGUAUGAAAUUAGAUCUUACUAAUGGUGAAUUUGAAAGGAAUCUCCAAUCAUUGAAUCUUAUUGAAGGCAGAGAUUACUAUUUAUUUGGCUAA